GCCUCGCCUGACGUCACCGCUCGGCCCGCCCACUUUUAGGCGGCUGUCGCCCCCGCCGCUUGCUCCUGCAUGACGUCAGCGGGUGUACGGCUGCGACCACGACCGGGUGACGGUGCUGCUGGCUGCGGGCGGGGUACACGAUGAACCUUUUAAAAUUCUCAUAGAUACAGCCAUAGAAUGGAGUUCAGUUGUAACAAUGGACAUAUCAUCGCCUACAAUGGACAAGUCAUUGCAUUUGAAAUACUGGAAAAAAAGAGUAACCCUGUAGAAAAAAAUGUCCUUGCGUUCUCGAGGAAGACAUUUAAUGUUGAGACCGGACAGUUCAAUGAAAUCUUCAUUGGCGAGUACAACAUCCCAUCUAGUAAGUCCACCCUGGAACUUGUUUGCGUUCGUUGUGUGGCCGAUUCCAGAACCGGUAUUAGGCUUCCAUGCAUUUUGCUAAGGACUUGUAAGAGAAAGUCUAGCGGAUCGUCCAGGCUGAUAUCACUGCUGCUCCACCCGUCUAAUGUAGUGGAACCCUCUCUGAUGUUCAAAGUGGACUCGGAGACCAUAGAAGAUCUAUACGUAACUGAUGGCCCCACCGUUCUGUGGAGACAACAUGAAACACUGCUUUAUGUUUCAUCUUUAACUUCAGAAGUUGUAAUGGCUCCAAUCAAUAUUUCCGCUCUUCUUUGGGCUGGCACUACUGAAGAAGGAACUUGUAUUUUGGGUAUAACAGCCGUGAGAUUGGAUGGCAGUCAUUUAACUAGUUCUUCCCUUCCUAAUAGAACUCUUCAAGGAAAGGAGUUUAUUUUGUACUGCAUUGACAGUCGGAGGGCCUUGCCGGGAUCUUGUCUUCUUCCACAUGCUUACACAUGUGUGCUGCAAUGCCUUGAAGUCUGUAGGAUACAAAAUGUUAAUGGUAGAUAUGAGACUUCUGCAAUAGCAGCGAGCAAUAAGCAAUUGAUCUGGUUCCAUAAUGGAGUCCCUAAGCAGGUCUGCCAGCUUCCGUCUGAAAACCUUUCAAAGCUUCAGGUGGCUUACACAAGCCAUGCAGAUGUAUUAUGUGUCCUCCUCUUCUCUUCUGGUCACGCCUGUGGAAUAUGGAAAGAUGGAUGGAAGACAGCGGCAGCCUGGCAACAUGUUAGGAAUAUACUGGUGGAUGAUUUUCUUUGCAGGGGUUCUGAUCAAGUUCUCUUGCUGUUCAAUGAUUAUCCAAGGGAAUCUUCUGAACACCAGGCAUUUAGACUCACUGACUGUGGAGACAUCAACUACCCAGCUGACCGCGUAGAUGUAAAAGUUAAUGAGUCUCAGGAAAACCAUUUUCUGAUGUUACAGACACUGGAAGCCAGAUUGCAGGCAAAUUUUCUUUUACUUGAGGAACUGCAGCGCCACACGCAGGUCCAAGACCGAGUGCUUGAGUCUUCAUGUGACGCAUUAAUAGACAUGUCCCUGGACGUGAAGUCAUCAAUCCGCUCUGCUGAGAAGGAAGGCCUGGUGUCUCUAUGGGAUGAUGUAGAAAAUUGUCCUUAUCCUCCUGCUCCGAAAAGCCAUCCUGACUCCGAACAACUUGUUAAGACAAUAUGGCAUCGCAUAGUGGAUGAUUUCCUUGUGGUGGGUGUGAGGCUGAAAUCUUCAGUUCCAGAAAUGCUGAGUGACAUUGGCCUAUCCCUUAUAAUGGAUCAAAAAGGAACUCAGCCCUCCCUAGUCACCAAGUGUCAAACAAAUGUGCUAAAAUUGGCCAUCAGCGUUUCCCAAGAUUCACGUACUAUGUGCUACGCAGAACCCACAGCAAAGAAACAAAGGCUCGACUACCACAGUAAGGACAAUUUUUCAGGGAAUUGCUCGCAGAGACCCUGCCCUCCAUCCUAUCAAAAUGAUUUGGAGCGCACAGUUACUGCUGUCACCGAGCUGUCUUCGCUGUUGGCACUUAAUAACACUGCUUGUGUGUUACUGCUGCACGCCAGGAGGAAAACUCAACCUGACUGUUUACUUAGAAGCGAGAAGCUGAUUGUACCAUGUGGGAGCAUUUCCUUAAGCCUUGAAGAAGUUUUAAAAGGAAAACAUACAAUAAAUGUAUUUGAACACUGUCAAGGAUCUUGGAGUCUAGAAGAUAUUUUUGCCAUUCUCUCAGCAUUUCAGAAAUGUUCUCUCCAUCUCCUAUCACGUGAUUGCACAUUGACAUCAGUGACUGAAUGGAUGAGGGCUCAUAUGUGUGGAGAACCCCUAAAGCUCAUGCCUCCAAUCAUGGUGUGUAAGAAAGAUGGACCUCUUCAUGGGACUCUCUUAGCUUGGGAUCCUAAGACACCGUGUGAAGGAAACCUCACUGUGUUUUACAGGAGCCAGAUAAUAUGUAGGAAGGUGUAUCAACACAGCACCCCCCAAACCGCACCCCACUGUGGAGGAACAAGCGGAUACCUAUCCAACAGGAAAAAAGAAGGAAACUUCACAAGAGUUUAGUGACAAAUAAGAGUCUUUAUAGUUUUGCAUGAAAAACGAAUCUGAGCCAGCUGCCAAGUGGAGGCCGGAGUGAGGAAUCGGCGGGGGAGGCCACUCACACUUCUUUAUGUGUUUCAAGACAAAAACUGGCUGCAAAUUCAGUAGUUUUUCUUUUUUUUUAAUCUUUGUCUCCUCUUAAGAUGUAUAAUUUUAAAUUAUUUACAAUUUAGUAGGAAAAUCUGUAUAUCUCCAGGGUUAGGUUCUGUUUGACGAUUUCGUACACAGCAGGUCAGCUGGUACAAACAUUCCCCCUUCAUUCAUCUUUAUGGGAGAAGCGGAGACACAGUGUUCGCGUGCCUCCGCCUCUCCCAUCGAGAUGAAUGGAGGGGGCGAGUUUUGACCAGUUGGCGAGCUGGGUUUGAAACGCUUUAGCAGCACAGAGCCGCAGCCCCGUACUGGGGGUCCGACUGCCAAGAAUGACCCACAAUCUCCUGUAGGGGCCCUGGCUCUGGAUCAGUUUCUUAGCACUGGACAUCUUCUUUAAUGUCAUCCAUAUGCUGUGGAGUUUUCCUGCAAGAACAUUCACCUGUGAAGCUAAAUUAAAAUCUUCAGUGUGUCAAAUUUAUUUUGCCAAUAUUUUCUGUAGAUCUCAAGCUUAUAGUGUCAAAGGGUAAAUCUGAUGUGAAUCGACAUAAUUUGAAUUUUUUGGAAAAUUUGCAAAAUGUUGACAAACCAUUAGAGUUCCCAUAGGGGUUUUUUCACCCAAGUAUCCCAGAUUCUUGAGUGGUAAGAGAUGUUCCCACACCGUUAUUAGCCAUUUUUUUGUUUUGAAACAGGAGGCAUUGAGCAUCAGGAACUUGAGCACUGCCAGAAUGGCAACGGUGGGGGGGUUUGGACAUUAUUAUUUAUUUAUUUAUUUUUAAAGCCUUACUGUCAUGUGUAAAAACCUUUUGAUCUCGUCCAGAUAUAUCAAUAGGUUAGAUCGCUCCACGCUGUGAUCACUAGUUUUAAACCAGUGAAGUGCGCUUCACUCCUCGGCUGUCCUUUAAAACCCAACUCAUUCACCAUAGACUAAAAGGGAGUGAAUGAGUUAGGUGUGGAAGACAGCUAGGCAGUGAUGCAUGCUGCCCCACAUUUCACCGGGUAAUAUAACUCUUAAUCGCAGCAGGUCUUAGGACCUCUGAAAAAUCAAGUAAGCGAUCUUAUUGGUUGCUAUGGGUAACUCAGCAACUUUUCCUCAUGACAGGUUUUGGUAAAUCUCCCCCCACAGUGUUUUUACAAAUGACAGAGAGACUUUG